CCGCCUACCCUAAAGUAGGCGAAAGGUCGGCGGUGCCAGAGGUGCUGCUGGGCACCCGAGCAAGACCGCCCGGGAACUGACAGGCCGACUGUCAAAACGACAGACCAUGGCAAAGGAGCCGAAACCCAUCAGCCCGCUCAAGAACCUGUUGGCCGGCGGCUUUGGCGGCGUGUGCCUGGUGUUCGUGGGGCACCCUCUGGACACGAUCAAGGUCCGGCUGCAGACACAACCACCAAGUUUACCUGGACAGCCUCCCAUGUACUCUGGCACCUUUGACUGUUUCCGAAAGACUCUUAUAAAAGAGGGCAUCACAGGACUCUACCGGGGUAUGGCUGCACCCAUCAUUGGGGUCACCCCCAUGUUUGCUGUGUGCUUCUUUGGGUUUGGUUUGGGGAAGAGACUACAGCAGAAAUCCCCAGAAGAUGUGCUCAACUAUCCCCAGCUGUUUGCAGCUGGAAUGUUAUCUGGUGUGUUCACCACAGGAAUCAUGACCCCUGGAGAACGAAUCAAGUGCUUAUUACAGAUUCAGGCAUCUUCAGGGGAAAACAAGUAUACCGGCACGAUGGACUGUGCAAAGAAACUGUAUCAGGAGUUUGGGAUCCGCGGCUUUUACAAAGGAACUGUGCUCACUCUAAUGAGAGGUACACCUCCUGGAAAAUAUCCUAAUGGUUUCCGAGAUGUGCUCAGAGAGUUGAUCCGGGAUGAAGGAAUCACAUCCUUGUACAAAGGGUUCAAUGCAGUGAUGAUCCGAGCCUUCCCAGCCAAUGCAGCCUGCUUCCUUGGCUUUGAGGUUGCCAUGAAGUUCCUUAAUUGGAUCACCCCCAACUUGUGAGGAAGAAGGUUGAGGCUUCUGCAUGCUGGACACUGUCAUGGAGGAGAAGCAGUGGGCAGGACUGGCAGUUCUGAAGGGGUGAGGGGAGGGAGAAUGGUGGAAUCAGAGCUCUAUGCAUGGACAUGGUGAACCUAUUGCCUUAAAGACAUCCUCUACCUUGUAUAAUCACCUGGUAAUGCCAUUUGGAAACUUGAAUUCACUCUUGUCACUCUAAGGGAUCUCACGAUGGAAUACGUAGCUUCUAGACCAGCUAACCACCUGUGAUCAGAUGGCUAACCUACUGGUUGACCGCUGGCUCUUGACGCUACCCAAAAUCCUCCUCACCUAAAGAGGUGAUUAUCAGCCUGUCACUGAAGACGCCUUACAAAUGCUUUUUCAACCAAGUCAUCAGAUGCUGAGAUCUUGUUUAAAUCUGAACCGGGAACACUCAAUUGAUUUACAAGGUGUCAUCUAAUCCUGGGGUGUACAUAAAAAUAUGGACUUGUGGACUUAAGGUCCACAUCGUAUUCAUCCAAGAGGUCUGGGUAGAUAUGUCUUGGAAGAGAUAGCUUGUUUAACCAUUGAAUUUUGAUUAUGUUUAUGGCUAGCAAAUAAUCAUAUAUAAAAUUGGAGUAGCCUAAUUUCCCCAGGAGAAGAUUGGAGAAUUUGUUUUUCUUCCCACACAAUGAGGACAUUCUGAGACUGCUAGGGUAAGUGUGAAAGCUCAAGGGUGUAGGAAGGCUUUUUGCACACUCUUUCCUCAUGAGAGCACCCACAUUUAACAGGGUACAAUAAAUACUGUUUCUAAUUUUUG